AGUACACGAAAAGGGAAAGAAAUCUCCAAGGAAGGAGGAGCCGCCGAGGAGGUGGAGAUCUCCCGACCUGCGGGAAUCGCUUCUCUCUGGAUCCGCCUCCGCUCGAGCGCCGGGAGGCCGGAAUCUCGGGGGCUCUCUCCUGAUCUGGGUCAGAGGAUGCCAAAUGUAUGAACCAAAGCCCUUCUCAAGCACUGUACCAGCUCACAACGAUAAAGUCUCACACAAUCAACAAAUUGAACGGAUUAGCAACAAUGUAGCAUCUAAUAGUGGUGGAAACAGCUCAAACAGCAACUUUGCCACCAGACAGCGCUUAAGGUGGACUGAUGGCCUUCAUGAUCGUUUUGUGGAUGCUGUAACACAGCUUGGUGGACCUGACAGGGCAACUCCGAAGGGAAUUCUUAGAAUAAUGGGUGUUCAAGGGUUGACAAUUUAUCAUGUCAAAAGUCACCUGCAAAAAUAUCGGCUUGCUAAAUACAUUCCAGAUCCCACAGCUGAUGGUACAAAGUCUGACAAGAAAGAUCUAGGAGAUUUGCUCGCUGACAUUGAAAGCUCCUCGGGAAUGGAGAUAGGCGAGGCUUUAAAGUUGCAGAUGGAGGUGCAAAAGCGGCUACAUGAACAAUUAGAGGUGCAAAGGCAGCUGCAGCUCCGGAUAGAAGCCCAAGGCAGGUAUCUCCAGAAGAUCAUUGAGGAGCAGCAGCGGCUGAGCAGUGUGCUGGGUGAAUCAGGCAAGUUGAGUGCCCCUGGACCAGUUACAGGGGAGCACUACCAGGAUUCCAACAGAACUGAACCCUCAACCCCGGUACCGACGUCCGAAUCCCCAAUCCGCGACAAGGCUGCAAGCGGCUUGUUCAAGACCCUUUCUUCGCACGACGAUUGCCUCUCCUCAGGCCGUGAGCCUUUGACGCCUGACUCCAGCUGCCAUGCCAGUUCACCUUUGGAGAGCCCCAGGGGGGCCAGCAAGAGGAUUCGGGUCAGCGGUGGCCUUGAUCAUCGCGGGAAUGAUGAGUUCGCCCUUCCUCGCAAAGUUCUGGAGUCAGGUUCAGGUUCCGAUUUCCGACAGGCGAGCUCGGUGCUAUCAUCCAGCACGGCGCGAUUUCAUUCUCUGGAAAGCUUGAAUGCAAAUGAGAAUGGCUUCACCAAUGUUUCAGGCAGUGAUGUUUGAUUUUUUCCCCUGUAGGGCAAUGCUAUUUAGAGGAGUUGCUAGUUAUCUCUUCAGUAGAGCUGUUGAUCUUACUGAGGCUAUAUGCUGUAAACUCAGCCAGUCAGCCAUGACUGUUAGUUGUUGUGUGUGCUGUUCAGUGCAUGUUUGUAGCUUAUUUAUUCAAUCAGAGAGCCAUGCAGUGUGCACAUCACCUUACAGUUCAUGGAGGUCUGGAAAUGUAGUAAAGUGAGACGAACAAAAAGAUGAUCUUAUUUUCGUUGAGCAUGCAACUG